GUGCGUUUCAGCUUGGCAUCCCGGGGGGAAACCCCACCCCCUGGUGAUGGCGGUCCGAUCCAUGGCUGCACUGGCAGUGAUCUCCAUAUGUCUGGUAGUACCCACGGUUGCAGAGGAGACUCCCGGCUGUCGACUCUGCCAUGCGGUUGCUGCCAGUACCGCUGCAGAGGAGCAACAGGGACAUCAACUUCUUCAAGUGACAUCCAGGGAGUUGCGCAUGCAGGGGGUGCAGGACCCUUCUGCAGUGCCGCUUAUAGUAGGCUCGCCAACCAGUUCUACCACCAGCACAAGCACCACUCUCACGACAAGCAGUAGCGACAUGUGGAACUACUUUUGGACAACUACGAUGACAGAGGUUUAUGGAAUGUCCCCCGACCUACAGAAACUUGUGGCAGAUGAGACCCGCAAAAUCGCGGAGCAGGUCGCCAACGAAACGGCAUCUGCGGCCGCGAAGGAGGUCGCCGAGGCGGUGGCCAACGACACGGCCUCCUCUGCCAGCGAGGCCAUCGCGGCCAACGUGUCCAGCACCGUAAUGAACCUGUCCGCGGAGGUGCAGGCCCUGGCCAAUGGCAGCAACGUCACCACCACCUUCGCUUGGGAGGACGACCAGGACCUGACCAUUCCCCCAUUCCACCAGCAGGACGACCAGGGCCUGACCAUUCCCCCAGUCCACCAGCAGACUUCUUCGACAUCGACUACUAGCAAGGGUCUCGAUGAUGAAGCAAUGAAGGUGGCGUAUGAAGUGGCAGCGGCAGCAGCAGCAUUAAACAAUACAUCCAUCAGUGACAUCUCGUCAACACGCGUCCCGUCUCCAGACACAACCACACCGUUGGCAGCCGCAGCAACGCCCAGCCCAACAACUUCCACCACUUCCGCGGCCAAGGCCGCACCAGCCAUCGAAGCCACUGCAAGCGAUGCGCCAGCACCCUCAGCUCCGGCUUCUGCUGCCGCAACCACGACGGCGGUUGCAACAGAGGCAGAUGUGCCGACAGCUCCGCCGGCAAAUCCAGCACCUACAACGGCAGCGGCAGCGACAGCUGAGGCAGCAACAGCUGAGGCAACGACAGCUGCGGCAAUGACAGCGGCAGCGCCGACAGCGGCAGGAACUACAAUGGCUGCGCCGACAACUUCAGCAGUUGUAGCAUCGACAACGGCAGCACCAAUGACAUUUGCCGCGACGACAAUGGCAGAGCUGACAGCGGCAGGAACGACAGCGGCAGGAACGACAACGGCAGCGCCGACAACAGCAGCAGCUGCAGCAUCGACAACUGCAGCACCAACCACUGCUGCAGCAACGACAACGGCAGCAGCUGCAGCAUCGACAACGGCAGCACCAACGACUGCUGCGGCAACGACAACGGCAGCAGCUGCAGCGUCGACAACGGCCGCACCAACGACAGCUGCAGCAACAACAACAACGGCAGCGUCGACUGCGGCAGGAACGACAACGGCAGCACCGACAACUGCAGCAGCCGCAGCAUCGACUACGGCAGCACCAACGACUGCAGCAACUACAAUGGCAGGAACGACAAUGGCAGCACCGACAACGACAGCAGCCGCAGCAUCGACUACGGCAGCACCAACAACAGCUGCAGCAACGACAACAGUAGCGCCGACGGAUGCAGCGACAGAUGCCACACCGACGGCAAUCACUACCAUCGCCGCAACAUCCACUACCACCCCUUCCAUGACUACCACAACUACCACCACCACAACCAUCACAACUACCACAACUACCACCACUACAACAACUACCACGACCACCACCACUACCACCACCACCACAACGACCGUGGCCGAAGCCCUUCUGCAGCAGGGCAAGCACAACACAAACUUGCAGUUUAUUCACAUCCCCUGCACAUUUGGCCACACGGUCGAAGAAGCUGGUGCUGGCGGGCUUUUGGCUGCCAUUGCGCAUGUGGAGAAGGAGGGGGGCAUCUCCUGGGCGGAGCUCCAUCCCGGCCUUCAGGGCGUCUCUGAGAUCACAGGCUGCAACCUGUUUUACACGCCCCCCAAGUACUGGCCCAGUGAGAUUGCCGAGAAGACUCUGCGGAAUCAGACGCUUUUCUCCUUGCUGAGGGAUCCUUAUGAUCGCAUGGCCAACGAGUUCCGCAUGCAGGUCGGAUACAUAGACUCCGCCUUUUUGGGCAUAACCCGGGCUGACGUCUCUGCACGAGAAGGAAAUUUGGAGCGAGAAGGGGAAGAGUAUCAGCGCUUCUACCGAGAAUGCGACGUCAACGGCUACCUGCAAGCAGAGUUGCGGAAGUAUCUGGCCGGGGACCGCUUCAGGGACAAUUGCCAUCUCUUGCCGUCGUCAGAGUUUGCAUCAACUCCGUAUGGGCCGAUUGAGUGGAUUGAUGAGCGCUUCAUCCCUGAAAGCUUCAAUCAAUAUAUGGAGUCCCACAAUGCCCAGCCCCGCAUGGGCAGCACGAUGCACAAUAUUUGGUGCAACGAUGUCUCUGCCUACUCUCUGAAUGAGGAGACAAAGCAGCUCAUCAGACAGGUUUACGCAGCAGACUUUGACCUGAUCUGCAAAACCUUCGGCCACUGCGACAAAGAGGAGAUGUUCUGUCACGAGAACAUUGAAAGCAUGUGUGGCUCAAAGCCGUGAGAGCUCGAAGAAGCUCCAGGAAUUGUUUGCACAGCAUUUUCCAGGUGCGAGAAGCGUCACAGGCCGUUUGGCUGUACCGUUUUUGUGGCCGUGCACAAGAGAGAUACGCACAGGGCAAAGCGCAUUGCAACAUGCAAUGCCUGAGCCGAACGACUUUCGGAUGGGAGUGGUGCUCAAGUCACUAGCUUGGGCUUGCCUGCUAUUGUCGAGGA